CACUUGCAUUGCAACUGGAAGUCAGUCAGUCGUCUCAGCGACUCAACUUCAAGUGUCUCAUGUCCAAUUAGGACUUGUUUGGGUUGCGCUUCAGGGCACCACAUAUCCCCACAGUAUCGGGAUUUCCUGACGCAGAGCUAAAGUUUAGUCGGCGCCCUAUCCACAUUACACAUUGCUUUACGCUCAGCGCAGGCAGAGGGAGAGGGCGAUUUGCGAGUCGGUCUUUGCAAACCUGCCGUUCACAUCGCAAGAGGGUUAACCAUGGCUCCAACUCAGUUUUGCACACACACACUUUUGUGUUUUAUUUAUUGCUCGUUACUCAUAAGUAGUGUGUUUUGCGACGCCGAAGCCGAAGAAGAUGAACAUGCCAAGCACUCGUACACGGUAGAAAUGUUCAACGAUGCUGUGCCUACCGCUCCACACUUUGUCAUGUUCUAUGCUCCUUGGUGCGGCCAUUGCCAGAGGCUCCAGCCUGCAUGGAACGAACUGGCUGACAAAUACAACAGUAUGGAGAAGCCUCCAGUCUACGUGGUUAAGGUGGACUGUGUCCUGGACACCAAAUUCUGCUCCAAAGACCACGCUGUCAGGGGUUACCCAACUCUGAAGCUGUACAGGCCGGAUCAGGAGGCCGUGAAGUACACUGGCCCCAGGGACCUGCCGUCUCUGGAGACAUGGCUGCUGAAGACCCUCCAGGACGAGCCUGAGGAGCCAGAGAGCGAGCCAGAACCUUCAGUGGCCCCGGAGCCCAAGCAGGGCUUGUAUGAGCUCACCGUCAGCAACUUCAAAGCCCACCUCGCCAAAGGAGCCCACUUUGUCAAGUUUUUCGCCCCGUGGUGUGGCCACUGCAAAGCAAUGGCUCCUACCUGGGAGCAGCUGGCCACAAGCUUCGAGCACUCUGAAGAUGUCAAGAUCGGCAAGGUGGACUGUACUCAGCACUACGAGGUGUGCUCUGAGAACGCCGUGCGCGGAUACCCCACCCUGCUGUUCUUCAGCAACGGGCAGAAGACAGAGCAGUACCGGGGCAUGCGGGACCUGGACUCCUUCAAGGAGUUUGUGAAUAACCAGGUGAAGGCAGCCGCAGCCGCCGCCGCGCAGCCAGAGGCCGCGGACCCGUCGGACAACGAGAUCCCCACAGACGCCCCGGCCCAGGAGGUGGAGGCCGAGGUGGAGGUUAAGUCCGGAGUGUUGACCCUGACGGAAGGCAACUUCGACGAGACGGUAGCCAAGGGCAUCUCCUUCAUCAAGUUCUACGCUCCAUGGUGUGGUCACUGCAAGAACCUGGUUCCCACAUGGGAGGACCUGUCCAAGAAGGAGUUCCCCGGCCUCACCGACGUCAAGGUGGCCAAGGUGGACUGCACCGUGGAGCGCACCCUCUGCAACCGGCUCUCUGUGCGCGGCUACCCUACCCUGAUCAUGUUCAAAGCCGGUCAACAGGGGGAGGAGCAUCACGGUGGGCGGGACUUGGAAAGCCUGCACUCCUUUAUCAUGAAGCAGGCCAGAGACGAGCUUUAGGACGGCCCAAUCAGCACUCGCCAUUCAUCACUUUGCCCCGCCCACACUGCAUUUCUGGACAUUGGGACCCACCCUCCCGUCUGCUGCCCCCCCCCCCCCCCCCCCCCCCCCGGCCAACUAUCCUUCGGCAGCUCCCUGUAAUCAUUUCACUCCUCAGUAGUGGAGUGUGGCUCCGUGACGGACUGCUACAAACUGUUUAUUUGAAUUCUUAGGUUUAUUUGUUUCACCCCUGGGAUCAAGGGCAGUUUGAUUAAGUAGUGUGUUUCGGGGUGGCAUCUGUAUUUCUCUACUGUUAUCUGAAGGAAUUAGUUUGCCCUUGCAAGCUACAUUAGUUUUUUUAAAGAACCACUUUGCUGGCAAGUACUUAAUCAACCAUAACCUCUCAAAGUGGUGAUUAAAAUAAACUUUUGUCCCGGAAAGUGAACACUCUUCAAAGCCGGUAUUCAAAGGUUCUAUCUUGCCAAUAUGAAAAUUAUAACUGACGUUUCUGAAGACCUUUUUAUAUAUUAAAUCAAUUUUUCUACAAGUGAUCUAUCAAAGAGCCAUUAAUGUAACUGUAUAAAAGUGAGAAUAUGAUCAAUGCACCUUCACCCAACCCCCCCAACCCCCACCCCACCGGCCUCCAUUGUGAAGUUGAGCGUUAAGUUUUAGAGGACUUUUAAAUCCACGACCGUAUGGGCCUAGUUUACUUGACACUCGGGGAAAUGCAAAUGUUUACCGGUUGUGUUGCUGUAUGCAGAGCGGACAUUUGUUUCCUGCGUUAAAUUUGAUUUAACCCAAACUAUAGCUAGACCAGCUGGUCUCCGUUUUUGCAAAAAGGUGAUGCGUGUGUGUGAGUAGUUCUCCUCAAUAAUUGCAAUGAAAAAAAGUCUGAAUGGUGAUAGACUUUCAAACAACAAAAAGCAUUUUUUUUUUUUUUUGCUUAUUUUACUCUGCGGUACGGUCCCCUAAACUUGCAAGUGUAUGCGUUCUGAGAGAGGGUCAUGUGAGUUUAGGGGGAGAGUUUGAGUCCAAACAGCUGCGUUGUCACCUAACUGUGAAGGGGAAAAUUGGGAUGUGGUUCACACUGAUUUAUAAAAAGACGUGGCUUAUGGGUUUCAUUUAGUCUCAAUUGACACCGUAGCAACUUUAGUGUGGUUUAGACGGCAUCCAUUUUUAUCUGUAAAAACAUUUGAUCACUAUUGUUGCUCAUGUAUACCUCUUUCUACUGUUUAUGUAAAAGUCAACAUUUCAUUACUCCAAAUGUUGUUUUUGUGUGGCAGCCUGCAGGUGGAGGUUGUCAAAAUGAACUGACCAGUUUCUGAAAAAACAAAACAAAUUUCUAACACGAAGGCUUUUUUUUUUGUUGACCAAUCAACACUAACAUUGAGACCUAUUGGUGGACCUGGAUGCAACCACAAUUUCUAACUAAACGUUGGCCACUUAGCCGAUCAAAGGAUAUUUUCAAAGGCGUGCCAUAACUCUAAGGCACUUUGUCCAAUCUUGAAAUGUGCAAAAUGUGAUGGCAAGAAAGAUUUCCCAUUAUUAUUCCGUGAACAUUAUUCCGUAAACUAUGUCCAAACAGGUCAAUCGGGCAUGGGUUUAGUGUGCCUUUUAAAACAAAUAUUGGGGCCAGUUAAUCCAGUCAUCAUGAUAGGGAUGGAUGGAGACUUAACCAUGAACAUCAGAUGAGAUUAUAAAAGUUUAAACAAUGUUUGACUAAUACUGAUGACCACCGAGUGAACAUUCGUGCAUAUCAGGUUCACAGCUCAUGAGUUUGAGCCAUGGAUACCAGGCUGAUGUUGAAGAUGCUUGUUAAGGUCCAUUUGAUUAAAAUGUGUUUGAAUUAUAAUCUGCCCACAUAGCAAUGGAUGCUAAUGGUUAAUACGCAUGUAUUUCAACAAAGGAAAAUAAGAAAGAAAAAAUAUCUUUCCCGUUGAAAAAUACUUUCGUUGACAUUCGACUACGUAAUUCUGAGUUUACGAGGUGCCCUCAAUUGCACCAUGAAGUCCGUCUUCGUGUGCUUUACCGUACACAGCAAUGUAGAUGCGCAAUCACAGUGUAGUGGCGUGACCGCGCUUCUCCGAAGCGUAAAUGGUGUGACCGCAGCUACAAUGUUGUGACUGGGCUCAGUGCGCAUGCCAGGGUAUAGUUUUUAAAAAAGUUUGCGUAAAAGUGAAAUUACGCGUCAUAUGAGUGAUAAAUAGGUGUGAGUGAGAUCGUGUGAAGAGGGUCAUCAUGUGAUAUAUAAAUACAGGAGUCUUUAGGGCAGGCCGAAGUUUUUGUGUGAAUUGUAGUGUGUGUGUGUGUGUGUGUGUGUGUGUGUGUGUGUGUGUGUGUGUGUGUGUGUGUGUGUGUGUGUGUGUGUGUGUGUGUGUGUGUGUGUGUGUGUGUGUGUGUGUGUGUGUGUGUGUGUGUGUGUGUGGAGCGCUCAGUGUACAGCUUGUUAAUCAGCAGCAGACCCUUCUCCCCUUGUUCCAUUGGCUCCACAGUUCUGGAUAAUAUUUUUGUUAUAAAUGCAUGACGAUGAUGGCUGCUUUGGUCCGUGAGAACCUCUGGUGUGACAUUUUCCUCAGAUUAACGGAUUAAAUAUUUGAAUGUACUCCAGCUGCUGAUAUGAUUGAACGUUGGUUAAAUUUGACAUUUCAAUCGUUAAGUAUCCGAAAUCUCAUCAUUAGGUCUCCAAAAUUAUUAGAUCUGGCUUCAAUGGAGACUGGUCUUGGUUGGAUUUGAACCCAUGGCUCCCGUGCUGAUAACAAACAGUUCUCUCCUCUGCGCAAACGAUGCACAGGUCACAGGUUAGAUUGGACAAUCCAAUUCACAUCACAUUGUUACGUUACCAAAAUCAGUCAGACCAGCAGGACUAGAGCCACGUCCCAUUACCUAAAUAAACACACAUUUCGUAUAACUAUUUUUGUUUUUAUUUAAACAGAUGGAUAGAUAUUGGGAUAUAAAUUACAUGAUAAUUAUAAUUUAAAAAAAUAAAUAACACAAAUGCCACCAGCUGGCACCAGGGUAAUAUAUUUCACUUGUUCAACAUAAGACAUCGCUUUUAACUGACUCCCAAUGGUGAAAUAACCACUUGGUCCUUGUGUCCCUUCUGUAGCAUUUAUUUAGGUAUGUAUGCUGUAGUCCAAAAAGCCAACUCCACCCUCUCAUUAGGCCAGUCUCUGACCAGGACAUAUAUGCUUUCAUCUAUGUCUGAUCUGAGAUCUGCUUUCAGAACUCCAACCAAGGUACACAAACAAGGCAAAAGGUUUUAGUAUUUUUUCCUCAGUUAAAGAUUUUAUGUAUAGCACACGCUUCUAGACAACUCCAGUGACAGAAAGCAGUAUUGUUGUUUCUUGCAAGUUACAGGACAUACACUUCCUAUUGAUUCUUGUAAAAAAAAAAAAAAGAA